UCGGGGUUGCCUCUGUCUGCUUGCAACCGCAGACAGGCGCCUAGCUAUCUGGAUGGCAAGAGCAGUAGUAAACAUGACAGAUCCCGUCCAUCGUACAGAGAGGUCCAUGCAUGAAGACGAGGAACGAGCGCUAGCGCGGUGACUCCUGUUGCCACGUCGCUUCCUCCCGGCCUUCAUCUCGUUCAACUCCGCAGACCAAUCUCCACGUAGGGCGCACUUUGACGAAUCUGACUCGUCUUCGGGCCUGUAUAUGUCCAACACGGGGAACAGCAAGGCUCUGAUCGACGACCAGAGCAGCAAUGUUACCUUCCACGGACAGUGGGAAGUAGGAGGAGCGCCGAACGAGUACAAUGAGACGGUAUCGAGCACGCGAACUGCAGGCGACAGUUUCGAAGUGAGGUUCAACGGUUGGUUGAUAGCCGUGUAUGGGACGUUAGAUUACUCGUCCGACGGCGUGCGCACCAACUACUCCAUUGACAAUGGCGAAGCGACAACUGUCACGUCCCGGGCAGGCGCCGGCGAUACAUACAAACAAAUAUUCUUCACGUCGGAUGGCUUCGAUGUGGCGGCUGAUCACACCCUUACUGUUACCAUGGACUACGUAAACACCACCUACGAGGAAGGCGAGGGCACCAUCUGGUUCGACUACUUCGAGAUAUACGGUAAUCUCGGCGACGCCAUCAACAGCGCGGAAAUGCCGACUGGGACAGAUGCAGGCAGCACUCCAGCUUCCUCCACGUCUGUUCCACCUACUAGCUCACACGCAGUGAAUACUGGCGCCAUCAUCGGCGGCACUAUUGGAGGCGUCUUCCUCCUUUCUCUUGGGAUUGUCUGCGUCCUAGUCUAUUAUGCCCGACGAGGACAAAGGGAGCCGACUAGGGAUACCGCUUCAGCCCAGGAGAAGUUCCAUCCCGACUACUUAUAUUUACCCCGUAAUGCGGUGAUCCAGCCGUUCAUAAUGUCAUCUACAGAGUCGCCCGGCCCACGGAAGAAAACCAUUGUUGCAGAAACUGAGCCAUCGGCGCUCGUAACACCACAGAACCCGGUACCUUCGACCGGUGACUCGACCGAUAUACAAGGCGUCGUGGUAGGGACGGCUCUCACUGCCGUUGUAGAACAUGAGCCAGAUCCAGAGCUGCAAAUGAUUGACGUUAUAAGACACACUGACAGUGGCUUGCGAGGCAUCGAGAUACCGCCUGAAUACACUGCGGAGUGACACCUGUACUUACAUUACCUAUAGGCUGCACGCUUUGUGACUGCUAUGUAAUGCACC